CUUCCAUCCAAUGAAGAAGAUACGGACGCUUAUUUUUCCGGUUUCAGUUACGUCGUUUAAAUCUUCGCAUUUUUACACCGUCUGAUCAAAUAAUUGAUCGAUUGCUAGUUUUGUGAUGCUGCUCUUAUGAUAUGGCUGUAGCAAUGAGCUCCACUUGUCCCGGGCUGUACUGUGGACGGAUCAUCAUUAAUGAGACUAUUGAAGGAGAUUGUGGGGCUUGUCCUCGUGGCCAGAGGACAGACAUACAGAAGAUUUGUCAGAAAUGCACCGGAUCUCCUGAGCUGUAUGAUUGGCUGUAUUUGGGUUUCAUGGCUAUGCUGCCAUUGGUCCUGCACUGGUUCUUUAUCGAGUGGUAUUCAGGAAAGAAAAGUUCUAGUGCACUUUUCCAGCACAUAACGGCCCUGUUUGAGUGCACCACUGCUGCUAUAGUGACCUUGCUGCUCAACGAUCCCGUCGGCCAGCUGUCCAUUCGCUCCUGCGAGGUGAAGAUGCUUUCCGACUGGUACACGAUGUUGUAUAACCCCAGCCCAGACUACAUCACCACGCUGCACUGCACGCAGGAGGCCGUGUUUCCCCUAUACACCAUCGUGUUGAUCUACUACGCCUUCUGUCUGGUCUUUAUGAUGAUGCUGCGGCCACUUCUAGUUAAAAAGAUUGCGUGCGGUUUAGGCAAGAUGGACCGUUUCAAGAGCAUCUACGCAGCUUUGUAUUUCUUCCCAAUUCUUACCGUCCUGCAAGCGGUUGGAGGGGGUCUUCUCUACUACGCAUUUCCCUAUAUUAUUUUGGUCUUGUCUUUGGUUACCCUGGCGGUUUACAUGUCUGCAUCGGAGAUACAGUCUUUCAAAAACCUUGUCGCUAAGAAGAAAAGGCUGGUGGUUCUCUUCAGUCAUUGGCUCCUUCAUGCAUACGGCAUCAUCUCAAUUUCCCGUCUGGAUAAACUGGGGCAGGAUUUGCCUCUCUUGGCUCUGGUACCCGGACCUGCUCUCUUCUACCUGCUGACGGCCAGGUUCACAGAGCCUAACAGAAUUCUCUCAGAGGGAGGAAAUGGACACUGAUGCGUGGGAGACACGCCACAUUCUCAUUAUGAUCGUUUUCUCAUCAUGGGAAUUUGGCAUGGACACCAAAGAGCCAUAAACAAAACAUUUGGUCUUUGCUCACACUUGUAGUUUGUGUUUUGUAUGCUGCUUGAACUCGAUAGCUUUAUUGUUUGCUCCUAUGUCUGUGGAAUUGAGAUGAAUACAGUGAUAUAUGUUCUGUACAAAACAUGUAUGUAAAACUUCCAUCCUGAUAUCCAUUCACAAUAGCGCAUCCAUAUGCGCUUGCUCGUAGGUGAAUAGUUAAAGGGAUAGUUCACCCAAAAAUGAAAUCCUGUUCCAAAAUAGUUGUUUCAAAACUGUAACUUAUUUGUAUUGUUGAAUACAAAGGAAGAUCAAGCAGGAGCACCAUUGACUUCCAUAUAAGGAGAAAAUACUGUGGAAGUCAGUGGUGCCCCAAAACUAUCUGAACAAAUAAGUUAAUACAGGUCAACUUGAAGGUGAGUAAAUGAUGACAGAAUUUUCAUUUUUGGGUGACUAUCCCUUUAUAUUUUUGAAAAUAUGCUCAUUUUCCGGCUCCCCUAGAGUUAAACAUUUGUUUUUUACCUUUUUGGAAUCCAUUCAACCGAUCUCCGGUUCUGGCAGUAGCACUUUUAGCA